AUGGCCACUCUGCAACAGCCUCCUCCGCCGCCUCCGCCGCAAUGGGUUCUCGACCUCAACUCGGCGCCCCAUGCUCAGCCCAAGAACUCGUCCAUCCCGGACCCGCCAGGCUUUACGCGCCAGCUGCCGGCCAAGGGCAACACCAAGGCAGCUGCCGCCGCGACGCCCGCUAGGAAGCCGCCCUCGACCGAGGAAAUGGACACGCUGAAGUUGAAGAAGGCCUGGGAGCUCGCCAUUGCCCCCGCAAAGUCGCUGCCCAUGAGCGCCAUCGGCAUGUACAUGUCCGGCAACUCGCUCCAGAUCUUUUCCAUCAUGAUGGUCUUCAUGCUGUUCAAGACCCCCGUCACCGCCCUUCUCAACAUCCAGCGCACCUUUGCCAACUUUGAUACCCCCGGCACCUCCUCCCGUCUCCUCGGUGUCAAGCUGGUCUUCGUCGCUACAAACUGCCUGGCACUGGCAUUGGGUAUCUGGAAGGUGAACAAGAUGGGUCUGUUGCCCACUACGCGCAGCGACUGGUUGGCAUGGGAAGCAGCGCGGGAGCCGUUGGAGAGGGCCUACUUUGAGGGCUGGAGCAGCCGGUAA